UAAUACCUCAAAAUGAUUCAUUAUGAUUUUUUCCAUAGGUUGAACCUCACGAAUACCUGCAAUUGUGUCUACGUCAUCUUGCCAGAGAUAAUACGAAAAAAGGAUUUUGUAGUGUGGCAGCAUCUUAUGUGAUGGAAUGCGAAAGCAAUUAUGUGGAAUUGAGCCUUCCACCGGAGUGCCUAACCUGUGAGGCUCCUGAUGGUAGCACAUUGCAGCAUGGAGACAGGAAAAAAUAUACAGAUCUGAAUCCCAAAUCUGCUGAUAUCAUUUUUAUUAUUGAAGAUGAGGAAUGUAAUAAAAUCAUUCUAAAUGAUUUGGGAAAUCUGGCAAGAUCUAUUGACAGAGAGCUAGAGAAUGAAGGACUGAAGGACAAUUUGUUUGGCGUGGUCGGUUUCGGUGAAGACAUUGGAAGUCCGCAGAUUUAUACUGCUCAUGGAAAAACAUUCUUCAAUUCAAGAGACAUUGGUACAAUAUCGGGUAGAUUCAAAUUGGAUAAAAAAGCGAAAUCUUCCAGAGCCCUUGAAGCUAUUCAACUAGCUGCGACGUUAGACUUCAGAAGCAAAACGGCGAAGUCGUUCAUUUUACUAUCCUGCUCACCAUGCAGAUAUGAUUAUAGAUCAUUACUAUAUCCAGUCAUUCAGCAGAUUUUGCUCGAACGUGGAGUAAGUCUACAUGUUAUCAACAGUGCUGGAAUUUCUAUUCGAAAGAGUUCACUUAAAGAGAAGGAGAAAGAUAUCAUAGGUGUUGACCCCGAUACAGUGUACCAUUCAAAAGACGUAACUCAGAAAGAUUUGGUUGGUGAACCCGCUCUGCGAUCUCAAGUUUCAUUUCCGAAAGAUCUUUGCAUUGCUUUAUCUCAAGAUGUCAAUGGAAGCUAUUUCUCAACUCACCCACUGAACAGAGCCUCAUCUAGUGAAAUUAAGAACUGGAGAAGUGUUUUUGCUCGAAAGUUUCUUAAAGCCAUCCAGCUGUUUCAGUGCCAAUGGUGUGAUUGUACCUCUACUAGAGACCACAUCCCUAAUACUGUUUGCCAGCCUUGUGAAACAAAAAGACCAAGGCUGCCCUUUUCCGUAUGUAAAUCUUGUGUUCUUCCAAGAACAGUGGAAGGAUUUUUGUCUUACGUACUUCAUAAUUUGAAUGAAUGAUUUCGAUACAAAAACUUAUACAUUUAUUUAAAAGUAUUCAAUCUCGGAGAAGGACUAAUAUAACGUCACCAAAUAUAAAAAUACAUGAAUCGUUCAUAAAGAGAAAUUCAUAGGAGUUUUUCGUAACUGAUGUUCAUGAGAUACUUUUGCUGCGAUUUUAAAAUAAAUAAAUAGUCUGAUUUAUUUCUACCAAAGACUAGAACAAUUUUCAACCUUUUAUGAGUUUAGCAAAUUUUUGAAAGUUAUUGAUAUUUAAUUUCAUUAACUCUGUGGGGAGUAUACAAAAAUUUCUGAGAAUUUAAAUUACAAUUAUCUUCCAACUUUUGCGAAUAAUACUUCUUGCAAAUCACAAAAAUUUAUAUAUAUAUAGUGAAGGUUAUUUAGAAAAGUGUUUUGCUAAUUAACUGGCUAAAGAAUUCAUUGUAAAUUAAUAGUAUUAAGUAAAUUUAUAUUACUUACCUUUUCAUUAUUUUAAAGAAGGCAUCUCAUAAAUCAGCAUUAUAAUUAUUAAAAAUGAGCUAUAGCAUUAUUAAUGUAUAUUAGUCAUUGUUUAAAUAUAUAAUAUGAAGUUUAGAAUCAUUUAAAAAGUUCAGUUCUAGAAUCAUUUAAUAACUUCAGAUGCAUUCUUAACUGAAAUGUCAUGUAUAGCACAAUUUGUUUUAAAAUGCUCUAAAUUGCAUUGGAAUUAAAAAUCAUUCAAUAAUAAUCUUUUCUAAAAUAUCUUUUGCUUAUAACUUUAAAAGAACUGAGAGUUGAUAUAAAAUGUAAACUUAGAAAAUGUGGUUUUAAGCGUUUAAGUGUAAUAAACUUUUCAUCUAAUCAUAUUAAAGGAGUUCUUGUCUUACUGCACAAUUCUCAUUCUUUGAACUAGAAUCAUUGUUGUAUUAAUAAUAAGAAUUAUUAUGCGUCAAUUACUGCAUAAUAUUUUUACAACCAAAAUUUCUCUUUUUAUUUCUAGCUGUACCUUACGACUGACACCAAGUAUUUCUGAUGGUAAUAUCGAUAAACCUCAUGAGGCAUACUUAUUGUGAAGUGCGUUUAGUAUUUGGGUUGGCUGGUAAAGGCUAAAUCGUAUUUUUUACUUUUAUUUUUAUUUUUUAAAAUGUGUCCUGAUGUGUUUCGAAUGUGGCGUAUUUUAAUAAAACAAUCAAACCACUAA